AUGUUGACAUAUGAAACUAUGGCGAUCUCAACAAUGAACCUCCAGCAACUUUGCCUUGAAUCGCAUAACCUUGAUAAGUCUGUUCCGCUUAAAAUUGUAAGAAAAGAUUGUCAGCCAAGUAAAGAAGCAUGCGAGCACUUUUUGGACAAGACCAAAGUCAUUAUACAAAGAUACUCGCAAUUAGCUGAUAGAAUCAGAGCAGAAGUUAUAGAAGAAAACAUGACGAAGGCUAUCGAAAAUUUCAAGGACGCAGUUUUAAAAAGAUUGGGGCUUCCAUUGGAAAUCUACCAACUGUUCAAGGUCCCAACGACACAUCAGUUCCUCCAGGAGUACCGAGCAAACAUCGGUAGGUCGAUGAAAGUUUUGCAAGACUGGCAAAACAAACGGCAAAUCUGGUCGGACAAACUGAAAAACAUUGAAGCGGAUUCGAAUGACAACGAGAGGAAAGCAAGUUUGGCUAGCGAUACUCAACUGGAACUGGAUUGUCUCACUUAUUUCGAAGUCAAGGAGUUGUGGAUAAAAGAAGGAAGAAGUCUAGUGGGAACUUGGAAUUGGUGGAAAAAUACGAUCCACCACAACUUUUAUCUCACUUUCAAAAUGUUCCAUUAUCAAUGGCCUGCUUGGUUGAAUCUGAAUGCAUUUCAAAAUCACGUAAACGCCUACAAUUUCAUUAAGAAUUCUUUGAACAGUCUUCGAUUUGACUGGAACUCAAUCCAAAGUGAUAACCCGGUCGCUCUGGUUUCGGAUUUCGACAGAGAAAUUGAAAAGAGCAGGGACAUGAUGAGUUCGUUUGGAUUUUCUGCACAAGUGGGACCUUUUCAGGAAGCAACAAUCGCCAUUGCGGAAUAG